GAGACACAGAGAGAGACGUAUCAUAAUACAACUCCACUGCUUGAAAAGCUUCUUCUGUGACCUGAUGCUCCCAUAUAGUGGUCAGUGGCUUAAACCUGGACCUUCCCACUGGCAAAGUGUGUUCUCUAAUAGGUUUGCAUGACUCACAUUUCCAGAACAUCCAUACAAUAUUAACUGCCUUUACAAAGUCCAUGCUCUUAGUAUGGACAGAAAUGAGGACAGAAUAAUGAGAAAGUAUAUAUCAUAUCCUAUCGACUCCUUUUGGGCACUGUGGUUCUUUUGGACACUGUCUGUAUCCUCCUCCAAUAAAUGUGCUGUCAGACAGGAAGUCGCUGACUGCAGUCAUUUGAAAUUGACUCAAGUACCUGAUGACCUCCCAGAAAACAUAACAGUUUUGAACCUUACACAUAAUCAACUCAGAAGAUUACCACCUGCCAAUUUUACAAGAUACAGACAGCUUGCUAUAUUGGAUGCAGGAUUUAACAGUAUUUCAAAAUUAGAGCCUGAACUAUGCCAGCAGCUUCCCUUAUUGGAAAUCUUGAACCUCCAACACAAUGAACUAUCUCAUCUUUCUGAUAAAACCUUUGUAUUCUGUAAAAAUUUGGUUGAACUCUAUCUACAGUCCAACUCCAUCCAGACCAUUCAAAAUAAUCCCUUUCAAAACCUGAAGAACUUAAUCAAACUAGAUCUAUCUCACAAUGGCUUAUCAUCUACUAAAUUAGGUACUCAGAUCCAACUGGAAAAUCUUCAAGACCUCAUACUAUCAAAUAAUAAAAUCCAUACACUAAAACAUGAGGAACUUGAUUUCCUUGGCAAUUCUACUUUAAAAAAAUUAGAGUUGUCAUCAAAUCAAAUUAAAGAGUUCUCUCCAGGGUGCUUUCACACAAUUGGAAAAUUGUUUGGCCUCUCUCUGAACAAUGUCCAACUGGGUCCCAGUCUCACAGAGAAACUUUCUUUGGAAUUGUCAAAUACAAGUAUUCAGAAUCUAUCCCUAAGCAACGUCCAGCUAUACACAACAAGCAGCAUGACUUUCUUUGGACUGAAGUGGACAAAUCUCACUAUGCUGGAUCUUUCCUAUAACAAGUUAAAUGUGAUUGGUAAUAACUCUUUUCGCUGGCUUUCACAACUAGAAUAUCUCUUCCUGGAGUAUAAUAAUAUAGAACACUUGUCUUCUUACACAUUCUAUGGACUUUCCAACAUAAGAUACCUGAAUUUGAAACAAUCUUUUAUUAAACAAAGUAAUUCCCUUGCGUUGCUUCCCAAGAUUGAUGAUUUUGCCUUUCAGUGGCUACAAUGUUUGGAGUACCUUGACAUGGAAGAUAACAGCUUCCCAGGCAUAAAAAGGAAUAUGUUCACAGGAUUAAUAAAGCUGAAGUACUUAAAUUUACGUAACUCUUUUACAAAUUUGAGAAUUUUAACAAAUGAAACAUUUUUGUCACUUACUCAUUCUCCUUUACUCAUCCUUAACCUAACCAAAAAUAAAAUUUCAAAAAUUGAGAGUGGUGCUUUUUCAUGGUUGGGCCAGCUAAAGGUACUUGACCUUGGCCUUAAUGAAAUUGGACAAGAACUCACCGGCCAGGAAUGGAGAGGUCUAGCAAAUAUUAUUGAAAUCUACCUUUCCUACAACAAAAACCUACAACUUACUAGCAACUCUUUUGCCUUAGUUCCAAGUCUUCAGAGACUAAUGCUCCGAAGGGUAGCCCUUAAGAAUGUGAGUAGCUCCCCUUCACCUUUUCACUUUCUUUGUAACUUGACCAUUUUGGAUUUAAGCAACAACAACAUAGCUAACAUAAAUAAUGAAUUAUUGGAGGGUCUAGAAAAAUUAGAAAUCCUGGAUUUACAGCAUAACAACUUAGCAAGGCUCUGGAAACAUGCUAACCCUGGUGGUCCUGUUUACUUUCUGAAAGGUCUUUCUCACCUUCACAUCCUUAACUUAGAGUCUAAUGGCUUUGAUGAGCUCCCAGAAGACAUUUUCAAAGACUUAUCUGAACUAAAGAGCAUCAGUUUAGGACUGAAUAACUUAAAUAUACUUCCACCAUCUGUCUUUGAUAGCCAAGUAUCUCUAAAGUCAUUGAACCUUCAGAAGAAUCUCAUAACUGCAGUUGAGAAGAAUGUAUUUGGGCCAGCUUUCAAGAACCUGAGUAAUUUAGAUAUGAGUUUUAAUCCAUUUGACUGUACAUGUGAAAGUAUCUCCUGGUUUGUUAGUUGGCUGAAUGGUACUCACACCAACAUUUCUGAUUUAUCAAGCCACUACCUCUGUAACACUCCACCUCAAUAUCAUGGCUUCCCGGUGAUGCUAUUUGAUAUAUCACCCUGCAAAGACAGUGCACCCUUUGAACUCCUUUUCAUGAUAAAUACCAGUUUCCUGUUGAUUUUUAUCUUUAAUGUACUGCUCAUCCAUUUUGAAGGCUGGAGAAUAUCUUUUUAUUGGAAUGUUUCAGUACAUCGAGUUCUCGGCUUUAAAGAAAUAGACAGACAACCUGAGCAGUUUGAAUAUGCAGCGUAUAUAGUCCAUGCUCAUAAAGAUAGGGAUUGGGUCUUGGAACACUUUAUUCCAAUGGAAGAACAAGAUGAAACUCUCAAGUUAUGUCUGGAAGAAAGGGACUUUGAGGCAGGAGUCCUUGAACUUGAGGCAAUUAUUAACAGUAUCAGAAGAAGCAGAAAAAUUAUUUUUGUUAUAACUCAGCAUCUACUAAAAGAUCCACUAUGCAAAAGAUUCAAAGUAUACCAUGCAGUUCAGCAAGCUAUGGAACAAAAUCUGGAUUCCAUCAUUUUAAUCUUUCUUGAAGAGAUUCCAGAUUAUAAACUGAACCACGCACUCAAUUUGCGAAGAGGAAUGUUUAAAUCUCACUGCAUCUUGAACUGGCCAGUUCAGAAAGAACGGAUAAAUGCAUUUCAUCAUAAAUUGCGAGUGGCGCUUGGAUCCAAAAAUUCAGUACAUUAAAUUUAUUUUAAGACUAAAUAAAUAUAAAUGUAACCUUCCUGCUUUAAAAGUUCCAUGGUAAAUUAAACUUUCAGUGGAAAAUUAUGUAAAUCUGUUUAUUCAUAUCUAUAUCAAGAGUAUAAUGUUGUAAAUAUCUUCUUUGAAAUGCAUCCCACUUCAGAUAUUUUAUUACUGACUUAUUUUGUCUCAAAAUAAAUGUAUGAGAAUAUUUGAUACUAAUGGACACAUGUUGGUUCCUAGAAACUAUGACAAUUUAAGAAAAAUUUGGAAUAUUCUCCCUUUAAAAAGCAGCUAGUUAUGGAAGAGGUUCUAAUAACGGUGUUUGAUUUUUGAUUCUCUCAUAAAAGAAUAAAGAAUAAUUGUUUUAAUAUGUACAGUGUUAUUUCAAUUGUAAAAAAAUUAAAAUACUUGCCAUAUUUUUUAGAGUUUAGUUACAGCAUUUUUUUCAGUCAUAAAGCUUUGUAUUUAAGUAGUGCCUAGCUUGGAGUUUAUUUCAUAAAGUGUCAAAAGCCAUUCUAAUGUACAUACUCAAGGGCAGAAAAUAUUUGUGGUUUACUUUGUUUAGUAAAACAAAAAAAUAACAAAUAAUUGUAUUUUCCUUGGAUUUCUGCUACAGGAGGUAUUAGAAGAAAUGAUAUUUUUAAACAAUGAAAUAUUGUAUAAAAGCUUGUUUCCUGAAAGAUAAUUAAUAGGUUGACUUUGUGGAAACAAAUAAAAGAAGAAAAAAAAACUAAUUGUCUUCCCUGGUCACAGACUCAGGAGAUGAUUCUGGCCAAAUCAUUCAGCUCCAUUGGGAUUUUUCAGCUCCAGAUCUUGGAAAUUAUAAUGGUAAAUAAAAUCUUAAAGAUUUUCAUGUAAUUAGUGCUAAUAAUCAUGGUACAAUAUACUCAUAUGACAUAAUAUGAUUUACCAUAAAAUAAUGUGCUGUGUCAAUGGUAAUUGAUAUCUGGAAAGGCUUGGUUUGUUUUACUAUAGUCAAUUUAUUUGGAACAGGCUUUAUAGAAGCUUUACAGUUCUUGUAUUCCAAUAUCAGGGGGAAAUGUUAAAAUUAUAAUGCUGAGUGCA